UAGUUUGUCGGUCGAACUUUAUUCUCGAAAGGAUAUAGAGUUGCAGAUUUGAAAGCCUCGGAAGCCUCGACUGUGGCCUCGAGAUUAAAAAAGAGAGAAAGAGAAAAGUAUCCGAAGGAGAUAGAGUGCACAGGGAGGUUUUACACGCCAGAUAUCGCGUGCGCGAGCUAGCGAGUCAUUCGAAAAUGCUAUUGUCGUGUGGUGUGUGUUUUUAAUCAUUUCCCCUAUUCGCGAUGUACCACUCGAUGACGCAACCAAGUUGCUCGUGUACCAUGGGCCGUAAUUUGUCGUUUUUGCCGAGUAAGGCUCGCUUUUAGAUCAUUUGACAUUUUUCACACACGACUCUUUUGUUUGCACUUUUACAUUUUUCUAUCCUGUCCGAUACUUCGUGCUUUCAUACUUGUAUUUUUUAUAUCAAGUAAUUUCUAGCCUUCGAAAUAAUUAAUCGACUAAAUUUGCAAUUCUAUCCCUGAGAAUUUAAGAACUCGAUGAACUCUUAAUUAAGGACGGUUUUGAUAAGCAACGUUAUGAGACAGCGCUAUGCAUAAAAGUAUCCCGUUACAUUGUAUGAAAUCCUGAGAGAGUCUCGAAAGAUCGAUAUAUUUACGAUUGAACUGACUGGAGUGCAAGGUGUUUUCAAAUUACAGUUUGGCGCGAAAAGAGAAAAUCGUAUGAUUGGCGUCGCCUAUUUGCUGUCAACUACGUUUUACGUUAUUUAAUAAAUGGACACUGGACGUAAAAGAGCGAUGCCGAAUUUGUCGCAACAUUCGAACGAAUCACCGUUUUACCUAAAUUAAUGACAUUUAAUAGUGUAAGCUAAUGACUCGUUUAUUCAUCCGACCAAAACUGUAAAUAAUAUUACGCCUCAACUGCGAAACGAUAUUUAGUACAGAAGUAGGAGGAAGUUAUCUCUGUGCGGUCCAAUUGCGUUGUCGGUUACGUAUAUCGUACAUGUAAAUACGAACGUGCGAUUGCGUUUAUAUUCCGUGAAUCGAUCCGUGAAUCGAACGGCUAUUCAAAAGUUCCAUAAAUGGUGUGCCAAGCAAAUUAUAUUGAAUCCCAAAUUUCGUGGGUCAUCGAGUUACACGCUCGUAAUUACGCUCGAUUACCGCUCGUGUACCUGACGAAAGAUUAUAUAUUUGUUGAUUGGUAGAGAGACACAUUGAGGAUAUACUGCAGAAUAUUUACUGAAAUAUUUUUUAAUAAGAUGCAGAACUGACUAAAAUCUAACAUAAUGCGGAUAGCACAAUAUUUUUUUAUAGCCAACGAAAUUUUCCAUUCUCGUUUAACCUGGCCUUAUUUUGCGCGUUUCGCUUUUCCGAUAGUUUUUUUUUCAAAGAUAAUCAUUUAUUAAAAUGUUUUCCCAUCAAUGCGGAAAAUAGUACAUUAUUUCCAAAGAGAAUAAUAUGAAGAAUUUUACCUUUAAUUUGGGUUUAUGCCAGAAUUAGAAAUAUUUUUCUCAAACCGAACGGAAUCACUUUCUCUCUUGGGGGUUUUUUUAAUUGAUAAUAAUGCAUAUAAAUGGUGUAAUACGCUAAAUUGAAGCAGUUGAACAUGAGAAUGUUGUAAAUAGAGAUAGAAAAAAUAGAGAUAUCGAUGACAAAAAUAUAUAUAUAUAUAAAGAAAAGGACCAAAAACUAAAGCAAAUUUCAAAAGACAGCCAAUAUAUUUAGAUAUCAUCAUUUAUCAAAAUACAGUAAUUGAAACUACCGUGUUAUUUUCCGUACGGCAUUUCCUUAGAUACUGUGCGCAGUUAUAUUGCUAUUUCCCGUUAUUUUGCAACCAUCUCUUUGAAAUUUUAUCUAUUGCGUCGCCGUAGGAAUUGCUUUGCUAAUUAAUACAAAGGAUGAAAUUAUCCAAGGGGCACGAAACAUGAAUAAUCGUACUUCUUACAAGUGAAUGCCAAUUAAAUACUUUUAUACGUAAAAUCGAGAAAAGUCGCGUGUAAAUUACGUUAUUUUUAUCUCGACGAAAGUUUUUUCAAAAGAAAAAGGAAAGAAUGUACGCAUGCAAGUUUUCUAUACUUCGUGUACCUAACGGUGUCCCCGCCCUUGAAACAAUUUAAAAGCCAAAACCUAUAUUGAAGAAUAUUUUACGACACAUCUGCGUAUACAGCGGAUUUAGAACGAGGACAUUUAUUUGUCAUAUGUUUCUUCAAUUUUGUUUACAUUGACUGAUCUCGCGUGAUUGUCUUCCAUAUCGCACAAUUUAUAGAUGCCAGUCUAUACCGAGAUAUCGGACCUACCCGCUUUCUCUUUUCUAUUCUUUACGAAGCCAUAACGGCAGGCAUGGCCGAUGAAUGUUCCUUUUAAUUAAUAAUUUCUCAGAAAUACUUUGACUCUGUUCUUUCCGAAUGGAAUUGGAGGCAACGUUGGAGGGGCGAAUUUUUUAAAGAUUUUUUAAAAUCCUUUAUCUUUGCAUACAUUUCGUAGCACCGAAUCACUGUGUUACAGCAAGAUCGUGUUUGUUGUAGCACUAAUCUCUUCGCAACUUCUCUCACGGGACAUCGUUGUAAUAUACAGUUUCUAUAGAAGUAUAAAACUCGAAUAUUCACAAAAGUGACAAACACUAUAUAUUUUUAUGAAGUAUCUUUACUCUACGCGUGUGUGUGUGCGUGCAGCAGAGUGUUGAGUGCAUCAGUAUGUUGUUUAUGUGUAUAUGUCAAGUGUGAAACUGAAGUCUCGAUUCGCAACACGACUCUGAUUGGAAAAAGAGAUGACAAAUGUUCCUUCUUUCUAUAUCACGCGAACGUGAUUUCGAAAUAACAAUGCCGUUUUUCCAUUCUAAUAAGCGAAAGCAUAAAACACCAAGGAAGUAUUGAUUUAGAAGAUAGCAAAUGAAACUUUAUCGUCUUAGAAAAAGAACUGUCCAUGCUAAAUAUACGUGUGAUCUUUUCUCUUACAUUCGCCUAAGAAUCAAAAGUGGAGAACGGAAUUGGAUGUAAACGGAAACGCGUCAAUUCCGUCGUGUAAAAUGUAUGAAGAGACGUAAGUCGACAAGGUGGACGGUAACGUUGAAAGCCAGGCGAGAAAUGAGCUCGUCGUACGACGUCGAGUCGACGCCGACACCGUCAAAUUGACGCCGAUUCGACAUCGCUUCGAUACAAAUCGACGAAUCAUUUCCCACCGGGGCGAGUCUCUUUUAUACGUCACACGCGCUAAAAUGCGCCGAUGAAAAAUUUUCCAACAAUAUUAACAUAAUAAGAAAUUCCACAAAGAAAUAUAAUAACGAUUAAUAUUGUCUAGUCGGUGUAAAAUCGUGUGUCGAUCAUAUAUUUAUUGUUAUUCUUGCGAAACCAUGUACGUGAAGACGCAUGCUCGGAACCGCGACGAGGGAAACCACUCGGGUGCCAUUGUAAUGGAGGAAAGUCCCCCUAUUACGAGAUAGGCUCGUAAUAUGAGAUAGCAGUGGGUUUUCGACGUCCAAAUUCAAUCGCAAAUCGGUUUCGCGGCGACUACACGAUUUAACGAUGAAUUUUCCACUGAACAGAUUUCGAGGGCAAGAAAUUGACGGCGGAACCGACGCCUGUUAAUUUAGCACAAAUCCCGCUACCUCAUAUUAGGAGCUUAUCUCACUACAGGGAACUUUACUAAUUUUACGAUCGCGUGUGUACACGCUCGCCCAUUCCACAUAUCCAUGCCACCUCACAUACAUUGUACGCGUGCGCGAGAUAAGAAAAAAAAGAAUACAGGAUUUAGACUCAAGUCUAGCGGCUGCACGGCGUUUCAUGAUUUUCCUGCUUCCAACAAAUUCGACUGUCCCGCCGGGAUUCUGUUUCUUUGACGCUCUUCGCGGAUUUUCUAACGAGACUAAUGUCGAUGCUCGCACGAACGUGUGCGAAAUUUACGUUGAGACGCGUCCUACUUCGAAGUAGACAACAUUGUACCUUUUUGUAAUUUAAAACUUGCGACGACUCGAUUGAAAACAGCAGGUGACGCCGUUGCGGGUAUCGACGCGUACUUCGCUGCGUUGUUUGUUUUGUUUCCGUCUCUCUUUCUCUACCAAUCUAAGGGCGUUGAAGGUCCAGCGACACGGACAGUAGACAGUUGAACGUGAACGCUCGGCGGAGGUACACGUGUUUCGUCGUCUUGUUCAGGUGAGAGCCAGUCGUCGUACAAUUUCUCUUCAGCUGUACUCGACCAGAGCCAGAGCCGGUCUGCGUCGAACAGUGCUUUUCAUCGGCCUUUCAGUUGCGACGAGCGUGCGUUCUUGCCCUGUGUUACCUUAGAAAAAGCCGAAGGACGACUUAAGCUAAGCUGAAAGUUAAACAACGGGCCUUAGGAUUUUACCUAUGAAUGAUGGCGUCGAAGAAAAUUAGAAAGGAUCAUCAUGUGAGGAUCACCGAAAAAGACGAUUCGAACGAACCUCUCAAAUGUAUCUGCUUUAGACCGUAUUCCCACAUUAUAUGCAACGGAUGCGGAUUUUGGACCAAGGGAAGAGUGAGACACGAUUGUCCGCAACACCCUAAGAUUGUUUUCCUGUACGAUCACUCUCAAUGUCCGCGCUGCAAGAGCUACGCCUUUAUGCUCACGGAGAUCUAAAACAUUGUCGUUUUCGUCGGAGCAGUGAACUCAUUCCACUCUUGCGUCGGACUGAGGUUACAAGUUAAUUGGUUACUGUUUUAGGUGAGCGGGAAAUACGAGCACCUAAUGUAUCUGUUUAAGACUCUAAACUGUCAAAAUGCUUUACAACGUGUUCACGCGCACGGGUAUCACAAAUAUCUUUAUUUUUUACCCUUAUUUUCAUAAUACGGUGCGUGACGAGGUGCUGGUAUACCGUUUCAAUCUGAUACUAGUAUCGCGAGGAAAACUGUUAUUUUAAUGCGUCAUUUUUGUCGCAAACGUAGUAAUAAGAAAAUAUUUUGAUAGUAGCGUCGGACAAGAGCGUAUUUUUGGAAACCAGUACUUUAUGUUGUACUAAAUGCCUUAUAUUUUCUGUUCUGAGAAAAGUUGACUUUUUAAAAUGCUUUCGGACAAAGUGCCUGUAUCGAAUUACACGUUUAAGAUGGAUAGGUCUAAAGCAGAGCGGUCUGUACAAACAUAUAACGGCGGGGGUUGAUCAGAACAGGCUUCUGAUUUGCUGAGAGGUAGAAGUGCAACUUUAUAUGUAACGUACGUUAUUAGCGAAUAAGACAUUAAAGACAUUUCGAGACGGUCGGCAACGUUAUCUCGCCUACUGUAUUCUAAUACGCAGCAAGCGCUAACUAACAGCAACAUCAAUAUUCUAAUUUUCUAUUCGAUGAUAUGAACGUAGACUUGUGAUACAGUCCUGCAAUAAUAGGUAAAGGUUAAAAAUUGUCCAAGUUAACACGAACGAGACGACAAAUAAACUGCGAAUCACGAGUGGUGCGGUAAAGUAAUAGCGAAUGUCCAACGAAUUUCUGCGAAUCACGAAUUGCGAGUGGUGUGGCGCCCAGCUUUACAUAGGAAUGAAAUUGAUAAUAUUGAUGUUGCGUAAGUGUUGGUUGGCGCUUGUUGAAUAACUACUUUACUGUACCAUAAUACAUGUACAGCCUCAAGAGCUUUCACAGAGAGAUUGUGUUUUUAAGAGCAGAAUACAUGUAAAUUUUACGUAUUUAAACAUUGCUUUUCACGUACGAAGAAAAAAUUAUCUCUCGGGCGAGUAAUUUUAAUCAAAUUGUAUCACAUCUUUUUUGGCAGAUUGUCGCAUCCGUUCUCGUUCUAAUACCGCUCUCGCGAUGAUUUAACAUGAAGUAAUUGUUACAAGAAACUGGGGUCUUGAGUAUCAAUGCGAGUAGCGUGAAAGAAAUCUCGACGACUACGAAAUAUCCUAUAGCUAUAAAUUAUUAUGCGUGGUGAACCAGUGCAAUAAAUUAGAGCAGGGAAGGUAUAAUUUUUUUUCAACCUAACUCGCUGCACUGGUUCACCAGUGCAACACUAGUUUCCUCGCUGAAACGUUUAAUGUAAAUGUAACAUAAAUCAAUUUGUUUGGCUGGACAGAGGA